GGACAACUUCCCCUGACUGCAUCCUUGACACCUUACUGUCCUGGUGUGCACUGUGGUGAGAGAAUGCUGUGGAAAAUAACUAUCCCAGUCAUACUGGCUGGAGUGCUCUGCAUCACAGCAGAGACCAAAAAGUCCCGACCUCAGGGAUCAAUCCCAUCUCCAUACAAGACCAAAGGGAACCUGUCCUCAGAACGUCACCACCGGCUAUUGCAGCAGAAACCAGAGGUGCUAUCCUCCAGCCGGGAGGCCUUGGUGGUAACAGAGCGCCGCUACCUCCGCAGAGACUGGUGCAAGACCCAGCCUCUCCGUCAGACUAUCAGUGAGGAGGGCUGCCGCAGCCGCACUGUGGUCAACCGCUUUUGCUAUGGCCAGUGCAACUCCUUCUACAUUCCCCGCCAUAUGGGUCCCAGCUCGGGUCAGGGCCAGAACCGAGGCCAAGCUUCGGGCUCUGGAAGAAAAAGCCACAACAAGGCCCAAGAACCGUUUCAGUCCUGCUCCUUCUGCAGGCCACACCGUAUCACACAGCUCACAGUGCAGCUGGACUGCCCAGACCUACAGCCUCCUUUCAGACACCGUAAGGUGCAGAGGGUCAAACAGUGUCGCUGCAUGUCUGUGGAUGUGAGUGGCCAUGGAAAACUGUGAGGAAGGACUUGAAAGGCCUUU